UGAUAAAUCUGGCCACACUUACUAUCUGGCAACACUGCUCCCGCGUCGCUUGUAUUACAGAAUUGAAAAUUAGUCAAAAUGAACGCCACUGCAGGAAAUCAAACUAUUCCCAAUACAUAUUCAUUGGAGGCUUUUCGUCCACACAAUCUGCUCGAACAGCAUCGUCUAGAGACAUUUAAGGAUUGGCCCUUUCCCGCAUCGUCAUCAUGCAGUAUAGCUAAGAUGGCAGAGGCGGGUUUUUAUUGGACUGGCACCGAGAGAGAAAAAGAUACAGCUACAUGCUUUGUGUGCUUCAAAACUCUAGAUGGUUGGGAGUCCCAUGAUAAUCCUUGGGAGGAACAUGGCAAACAUGCGCCGCAAUGUGAAUUUGUCAAGCUGGGCUGUCCCGAAAAAGAUUUAACUGUAAUACAAUUUGUGGAACUCGUCGGGUCCGUAAUGAAGGCCAAGAUGGCAAAGAAAACAAGAGAAUUCAAAGACAGUUUUGCCAAGGCAGCUGAGGUUAAGCUCGAUGAGUUCAAGCGCAAUCGAAAAUAAGAAUCAAAGUAAUUUAGUAUUAUAUCUAGUUUUUAAAUUGUUGUAAUAAAAUAUUGCGAGGGUGGCAACUCCAAAGCAA